CCGAGACGAAACCCAGUGGCCGGACUGGCCGGUGUUGAUUAGGGGUUAUCAUCAUUGUUUUCAUAAAUUAUUUCGCUAAAAGCGAUUCGUGUCUCCAAUCGUAGCUUUAAUUUGUGAAAGAAAUUAUACGGUAAAUAAUGUCUGAGUACAUGGAUAUAGAUGGUAGCCUAUUGGAAGGGGGAGGACAAAUACUACGAAUAUCAAUUUCUUUAAGUGCUAUACUAGGAAUUCCAGUGAGAAUAUCGAAGAUACGAGCUGGAAGAAGUAAGCCUGGUUUAGCUGCUCAGCAUUGCAAAGGAAUUCAAUUAGUUGCUGAAAUGUGUCAAGCCAAGACAAAAGGAGCAGAGAUUGGAUCAACAGAAGUAGAAUUUGCUCCAAAAAAGAUUAGAGGUGGUCAGUAUUUUGCUGAUCCUCACACAGCUGGGUCCAUCAGCCUGCUCCUCCAAGUAGCUCUUCCCUGCGCACUGAUGGCAGACGGGCCCGUCACAUUUGAUUUCCGAGGCGGCACUAAUGCGGACAUGGCGCCGCAGAUAGACUAUAUGGAUAAAGUGUUCAGGCACGCCCUGAGGCACUUUGGAGCUGAUUUUGGUUUAACUAUUCAUAGGAGAGGGUAUUUCCCGAAAGGCGGGGGCCAGGUGACCGUGAACGUGAAUCCGGUGCGAAGUUUUCGUAGUGUGACGUUGACGGACCCGGGCACCGUGCACAGGAUCACGGGGUCCAGCUUCGUGGCCGGGGUGCUGCCUAUCAGUAUGGCGCACCAAAUGGCGGAAGGCGCGAAGCAAGUGCUACGCUCUGUGGCCGAAACCACCAUCAACUGUUACAAGGAGGACAGCCGGAUUGCCGUCGGUAACUGCAAUGGCAUGCUUUUAACCUGCACAACGUCUACGGGGCACGUGUUGGGUAGUGACGCCCUCGGAAGGCGCGGCUCGGAGCCGCGCCAGGCGGGCGCCGCCGCGGCCCGCGAGCUCGGCAAGGACAUCGACGCGGGCGCUUGUCUCGACUCGCACUGUCAGGACCAGGUGAUUCUCUUCAUGGCGUUGGCGGAAGGCAAGUCCUCGGUGACAGUAGGCGAAGUCACGCUGCACACCAAGACCGCCAUACACAUCGCAGAGAUGUUGGCUAAGGUGAAUUUCGAAAUACAUCCCAACGGCAGCCAGAACACGAUCGAGUGCACGGGCCUAGGGCUUAUUAACAACAACUUGCCUACGUAAAUAAAUAUUUAGUUUUUAGGUUUCAAAUAUAAAUUAUUAUAGAUCGUGUCAUUCACGAAGACGCGUGCCUUGUCGUAAUGUCAUGUUAAUAAAGGUUAGAUUUGAUAAAUCUGCGCGUCAUCGUGGAUGACACAAUCUAUAAGUAUGCUAUGUUGUUUACUAACAAUGAAUUUAAGGGCAGAUCGUAUUUUUUUUUAAUUAAACUGAAGGGGGCAGCACAGGAGAUGUCAGAUUUUUGGCGCGAGGUGUAAAUGUGAAGUUUAUGCUUUCCUUGUGGGCUACAAGAUGGCAGAACAUAGUAUGCACAAGAAAACGUAAGAGAACGGUAGAUAGCAGCACUUGCUUUGGUGUGAAGUGCCAAUGUACGUGUUUGUUUCCGAUUCAGGCCACAAGAUGGCAGACUCUCCAUCGCGCACGGUCCUUAUAAUCGGUUUUGCCCAUAGAAAUAUCGGUCACUGCCAGAAGACGUAUUUAUUACUACUGUCAUGCUUAUGGCCCUUGGCUAUAUAUAACCCUUUUCCAGGCAUAGUCCGAAUUUGUACCUACUUUGUACUAUUUAGUACCUCCUUUAAAAAAAAUUGUACCUCACGGUACCUAAAGUUAUCACCAAAAAACAGUACACCCGCCAUCCUGACAGUCAGAAAGGCGGGGUUUAUUACGCUAUAUUCCCGUGGUUAUUGAUACAUUAUAUAAAAGCCAAAUUUUUGUACCUUCAUAUUCAAUUAUAAUAUGAGCCAUUUUAUUUGUGGUUUCCAAGUUUUACUCAUUUAUAUUUUGCUUGCUAUUACACUUUUGCAGGCGUUAUAAUUUUUCAAGAUAUCGAUCUCAUUUUUAAGAAAAAACGCUUAGGUACAAUUAUUUUUAUUACGUAAAGUACACCCAAUAGUACAAAUUAGGUACAAAAAUAUGGUAUGCUUUUCAAUUAUUUUUAUUUAGGUACACCCGCCAUUCUGACUCUCACUUCGGCUUUGGCUCUAGUUUCGGCCACAACCGAAACUUUGUAGACAUGUUAAAAUCGUUGAAAAAUGUCGUAAAACCACUUUUAUACCUACACUGCGUCGACCGUUUAGUGGCGCCAUCAUUAGGGGAAUUGUGUUUUCCAAUAAACCAAUUAAUUUCUGUAUACAUACAUUUAGUAUAUUAAUAUUGUUAUCGUACUUGUUCCCCAACUUAGUCUUUGUCCCAUAGUUUAGUUUCAUAGUAAGAAGUACCAUUUCGUAAGUUUCGGCUGUGUUUGGCCGAAACCAGAACUACGGUCGAAGCCGAUUCUUCGGUCGGAAAAUAGAAUAUAUUUGUAUUUUUUGGGAAACCUUUGUAAAUUGGUCCGGCUUGGGAAAGGGUUAUUGACAAAAUACAUACAUUUAGUAUAUUAAUAUUGUUAUCGUACUUGUUCCCCAACUUAUAGUCUUUGUCCCAUAGUUUAGUUUCAUAGUAAGAAGUACCAUUUCGUAAGUUUCGGCUGUGUUUGGCCGAAACCAGAACUACGGUCGAAGCCGAUUCUUCGGUCGGAAAAUAGAAUAUAUUUGUAUUUUUUGGGACACCUUUGUAAAUUGGUCCGGCUUGGGAAAGGGUUAUUGACAAAAUACAGACCUACAAUAUGUAUAAUGUAUUUACUAAAAUAAAAGACAUAAAUUAUA